AAAAGCUCGUUUACCGAACGCACGGGUGCCCUUUCCUUUGACGAACAGCCAACAGACGGUAGUCAAACUCGCCCAGCAACACAUCGCAUCCGUCAGCUGCAACUAUGAACCAGUUCUCCCAGGUGUUCUUAGUGUUGGCGUUAGUAGCGCUCUUGGGUGGCUCCUGCCAGGCUCGUGAUGUGGCCCGUCUGAAGCCACGGCUCGUGGUCGUGGAGGAGUAUGGUGAGAAAUUGACGACAUUGCCACCACCUCCAAAGCCAUAUGCCUUCACCUACUCAGCUGGACGGUCUCCGGGGCACGUCGAUCGUACGCACAGUGAGGUUUCGGAUGGGAGUGGCGUUGUUCGAGGUUCCUUCUCGUACGUUGAUCCACGGAAUCAGGUGCGCACGGUUGAGUACACGGCUGAUGCGCAUGGGUUCUAUCCGGUGUUGAGCCAUCUACCUAAGACACCUCAGCAGACGGAAGCUGUCGCUCGGGAGCAGCAGAAGCACCACGAGCUGUACGCCAAGAUCGCGCAAGAACACGCUGAAGCCCACAGUGGAUUGGCGCAGGUACGUACCAAAACUCCAAGACACAACCGGUUCCAUUGGGUGACCGUUCCGCUGAUGGCUUUCCCCUUUUUCGUAGGAACCAAAACUCCCCAAGGACACGGUCGCUGUGGCGAAGGCGAAAGAUCGCCACCUGUCACUGUACGAGAAGAUCGCCCAGGAGCACGCCCGAAUCGGGGCUGAGCAGGAAGCGCAACGGUUAGCCUUUGAAGCUACUUCGGAGGUGUAUCACGAACACUGAGUGGAUGAGAUCAACCCUACCCAGAGAAGCGAUGGGGGCUCUAAAUGUCAACCGAUAGAAUCGCACGUUAGCGGCUUUAUUCUGGCCUUGAGCUUCUAGAUGUGACGCAGAAUGAAAGAACGCCGCUUUAACCGUAUCGUGAUGUGAUGAAUCCUCAGCAUGAGCUAAUGUUUGUUGUUUUUUUUUGUCAACGACAAUAGCGUCGUUGGCAAAAAUCGAUGAAUCAAGCUCCGGCUCAAACAUAAUAAAUUUAUAA